GCAGGCGCAGUUGCGUCAUAACGACAUGACGAGCUGUUAUGUUUUCAGUAGCAACCGUUACUCUGAACUGAAUAAAGUCAUUGGAAAAGACUGAAAUAUGUCCACUCUGCUGGAUGAGACAGCAGCAGAUGUCCCAGUCAGAGACAUCACAGUCAACCUGUCCCGACUUGCAGCUGGUACACAAGACUCAUAUCAAAAUGCUCGAGCGCGACAGGACAUCUCUCGGGUGUCCAGGGAGGAGCUGGAGGAUCGGUACCUGCGCCUCCAUGAGGAGACCCUGCUCCUCAAACAACAUAUCCACAAACAGGACGACAAGAUCAAGAAGCUCGGCACUAAGCUGAUGAGGCUGGUGAAGGACCGGGGUCGGAUGGAGCAGCUGGCGGCGGGGGGAGCCCAGCCGGUGUCCCGGGUUCGAGACGUGGAGAUGGAGGAGAUGAUGGAGGAGCUGCAGGAGAAGGUCCGGGGGCUGCAGGCCGAGAACGAGGGGCUGAAGCAGCGCCUCCUCGUGGCCAAACAGCAGCUCAUCAACUCUCAGACCAGGAGGCCGUCGCCGUACGGCCGCGUCCAGUCACGAGUCAACUCCGGACUGAGGAAGCUGAGAGACGACAGUCCAUCUCCUCCUCAGACACGACCGAAGAGUACGAGGAGUUUGGAGGGAGGCGUGAAGCCUCCGACCGGCCAGCUGCCUCGAUACGGACACAGCCUGCUGGAGGAGGCCAGGGCCGAGAUCCGCAACCUAGAGAACGUGAUCGAGUCUCAGCGGAGCCACAUGGAGGAGAUGGAGGGAGCUGCUGAGCUGCUGAGGGAGGCGCUGAGGAAGAAGGAGGCCGAGUACGAGGAGAAACUCCUGCAGGCCCGACAGCAGCAGACCUCCAAACUCAGGUCACACGUCAACAACAACGUGACGAUGAUCAAACUGCAGAAGCAGCUGGCUGACAGGUCCAACGCCGUCACAGAGCUGCAGGGUCGAUUUCUGCAGCUGCAGGAGAGUCAGCAGACGCUGAAGGCGAGUCACGACGCCGCGAUGCUGAAGGUGGACGAGCUGUCGACUGAGCUGAAAGACGAGAGGCUGAAGAGUCUGGAGCUGGAGAAAGAGCUGCAGAGCUCCAACAUAUCCAGGCUGAAGAUGGAGCAGUUGAAGGAGAGAAUCAGUGAACUGGAGCAGGACAGAGACCUGCUGAAGGAGAACAACGAGAAGCUGGUCAACAGUGCCUUUGAUGUGUCUCAGCAGCAGAAAUGGCAGAUUCAGGAGCAGCAGCUGAAGUUACAGAUCGCUCAGUUAGAGACGGCGCUGAAGGCCGACCUCGUCGACAAGAACGAAAUCCUCGACAAAAUCAAAGCUGAGAGAGAUAUGAAGGAGAAGCUGACAGAAGAAAAUAAAAGACUGCACCUCCAGUUCCUGGAACAGAAACAACAAAUGGAGGAACUCCGUGAUCGUUUGAAGGUGUACAGCAGGGAGAAUGAUUAUGACGUGGCUGAACUCACUGAGGCUCUGCUGCUUAUUAAGACACGUAAAUCCCAGCAGAGCGGUGGCCUGGGCUUCCUGAAGGAGGUGGAGGAGGGAGGCAGCGGCAGCGCAGAGAGCUCCAUCAGAGAGCUCCGAGCCGCUCACGCUGAAACCAUCCAGGAGCUGGAGAAGACCAGAAACAUCCUGAGCAUGGAGAGCAAGAUCAGCAAGAACUACAAGGCGGAGCUGGAUGCUGUGUUACAGAAGAUGAACAGUGACAAAGUGGAGUAUAAGCAGAAGCUGGAGCGACAGGCUCAGCUGUUGGACACAAAGACGGCGAAGAUCAAGAAACUGGAAGCUCAGCUCAGAGACAUCGCCUACGGCACCAAAACCUACGUCUUCAAACCCGACGUCACAGAUGAGGACGAGUCCAAUGAGUUUGAUGAAACUCUUCAUCUGGAGCGAGGAGAAAACCUCCUGGAGCUUCAGCUGGUCGGAGCCACACUGACUCCGUCCGCCCUGGAGGCUCUGGGUGACGGAGAGCCCUCCACCUUCUGCACAUACUCCUUCUACCUGUUCGAGCUGCACUCCACUCCGGUGGUAACAGGCCGCCAACCGAAAUACGGCUUCACCUCGAAGUACGUGGUGAGCGUGGACGAGCGGUUCCUGGACUACCUGAACAGGUGCUCAGUGACCGUGGAGCUGCACCAGGCUCUGGGUCUGGACUGGAGGACUCUGGGCUCCGGACAGCUCCGACUGCAGCAGCUGCUGGAGCAAGACGGCAGAGUUCAUGGGACCGUGCCGCUGGUGGGAACGUCUGCUGAGGUGCGAUCUGUCGGCUCAGUGGAUUACUGGCUGAGGCUGAGGAUUCCCAUGACAGAAACCAUCCGCCUUUAUAAAGAGAAGGUGUCGGCCGUGAGCUGCAUCAGCUCUGCUCUGAGUGAAGGAACGCAGCCGAGCAGCAGCUGGAACGAACUCCUCAUCACCGUCCAGCGCUGUCAGGAUCUUCAGUCCAGGACCUCUCAGCAGCCGAGUCCCUACGUCGUCUACAAGUUCUUUGACUUCCCCGACUACCCGACCGUCACCGUUCAGGACGACCCCCACCCCCACUUCAACAGCCUCAAGUCUUUCUCAGUGCUGAUGGACGAGGGUCUGGACCAGUACCUGAAGUCCGAGGUCCUCCAGUUCUAUGUGUUUGACUACAAAGAGGAGCAGAUGGACAUGUACCUGGGGAAGGCCAGAGUCCCUCUGCUCUCACUGGCUCAGGACGAGGAGGUCACAGGUGUGUUUGAGCUGAGCGACCCGUCUGGACUCCCCGCCGGCCGCAUACAAGUCACUCUGAAGUGGAAGUUCACUUACCUCCCUCCGUCAGGCUCCGUCAUGACCGCUGAAGAGCCGCCGUUCAUCCCCGAAGAGAAGGUUGUAGAGGGAAAGAAAGAACACAGAGUGGAUGAGGAGAAGAAAGACAAACUCCUGAGAGAUGAAGAUCUGGAGGAGAUUCUGCAGGAGGAUGUUUCUCAUCACUCCUCCCUCCCUGAUGUUUCCUCCUCUAAGGUCCCACUGCCAAAGCUCAGACAGAGGACACUGCUGAAGGACGGAUCAGCUGCCAAAAAAGUCACAUUUGUUGAUCCCACAGCUUCAGAUGAUCAGGUGGAGGACAGGACUGCAGCAGGUCCCAGUGUGUCAGCGGACGACAGAGAGACAUCAUCACCUGCUGUAAAGGUUGUGUCAGACGUGAGUCCAGCUCCUCAGAACACCACAGAGGACGAGGAUGAUGAAGACGAGUCUCACUUCUCUGAAGGUCAGCUGGUCCCAGCGAGCUCUCGGUCCUACUCUGACGACUCGGAAAUCUCUGAGGAAAUCAUCGAAGAUGUGGAGGAGGCCUCAGCAGCCAAACAGGAUCAGAGCGAAUCGACUCAGUCUGACAGCGAUGACUGCAUCGUUCAUGGACAGGCCACGGGGAGGAAGCCGUCGGAGCGAGUGCGGGUGGAGAUCGUGUCUCUGAGCCUGAGGCCCGAGUCUCGCGUGGCUCGAGACUCCAGCGUGGUUCGUCUGUUUGUGGAGUACUCCUUCCUGGAUCUGCCCACCGAGGAAACGCCCCUGUCUCUGCCCAAACCCCCGCAGGGCAAGAGCAUCAACUACAACUACAGCAAAGUUGUUCCUGUGGAUGCUGAGAAUAACGAGGCGAGGCGGCGGCUGCUGAGAGGAGUCCUGCAGGGACGAAACCCACCGAUGGAGAGGAUCAGGUUCACGGUGGUGAGUGAACCUCCAGAGGAGGAGGAGCAGGAGAGGGAGUGUGAGGACGUGGGAGUCGCCUUCCUGAGGAUCCCAGAGAUCCUGGAGAGACAACGAGACCUGACUGAGACCAGACUGAACGUGGUGGAUGUGGAGGACAGCAGUGAGGUGGUCGGCAGUCUGACUGUGUCUGUGGAGGGUCUGGAGGCUCUGAGGGACAUCAUGGAGGACCGGGACCAGGAACAAACCCCGGUCUUGUCCCUGCUUCCAUGAGCCUGAGACAUCACUGACAGACGUCAGACAGAGGACACAGGACUGGUGAACAGUUAUUUACAGUUCCUCUGUGGUCGCUGACGCUGGUUCACCAACGUGUCUACACUGUGGGAUGGAUCUCCAGGAUCUCCAGCACAGGAAAAGGUUCACUUUAAUCCACUUCAUGAAAAAGAAAAGAAGUCAGCUGUUGAACUGUGAGGACCAUCAGCUGCCUGUGUCCACUGUGAAAAUGUCCCUGCUGGUUUGAACAUGGAGACGUUUGAGCUGUAAAUAAAGGUUUAGUUUGAACCUGACGCUGGUCACACUGUGACCUUCAGUCUCAGUCACUGAAAAUAAACUCUGCAGUCCUCUGAGGUAGAGGACUCUACUGUACGACAUGUAAAUGAUUUAACUGCAGAUGGAACCUGUGGAGGCUGUUAACUGUGACAUGGAGUUUAUCCUCUGCAGUUAUUCCUUGUGUUUCAGCUGUUUCAGCUGUUUCAGCAGGGUUGUUAGUCUGCAGCCGUUCUGUGGUUCAGGGUUGAGCUGUAGGUUGUUGUGUGUCUCUGAGCUGAGCAGCAGCAGUUUGAUUUUUAAUGGAUUAGUCUCAGUGUGAGUAAACUGUCCAACCUGAACACUUCAGGCUGUUUACAGCAGAGACACAAACAUGCCUUAAAUCUGAUGUUUCCUCUAUGGAGUUUUGUAUUAUGCUCUAAUGAAGAGUUUCAGUAAAGUGGGUUAAUAAUCAAA